AUGACGUCACAAAAAACGACGGCGGAAAAGCGACACUCAUUCUUGCAAUGUUUCGUUUUUGUCUUAUUUACGGUUUCAUUCUGCUUGUCGCAGCUUUGACAGAGGAGGAUGAGGCUACCCCUAAGAAAUAUAAUGGUCCAGUCAGAAAAAUUCUAGAAAAAAAUGAACAGUUUCGAAUGAAUGAUGGAAAGACCAAGCUCACUGGUGAAUUUGGAGACCAAUAUGGAUCACCCUCGCUGAAAAUCCACAGUUCAAAGAGUGUGUUAACGGAUGGGACUCAAGUACUGGACCUCGCAUGCUCUACUGGAUCAGCUGAAAAAAGGAUUCAUAACUUUGUGUGGUGGAGAAAAGGACCACAACAACAGAUGUUCAAGUCACUGGUAGCAAUGUCCCCAACGGGUGUGAUCAUGUGGCCUGAUCAGGGCGGUGGCAUCCUCUGGAAUAAAUAUCAGCAGUUGAAGGAUAAUCAGCUGGUUGAAGGCACGGUUCGUUCAGUUACUUCCGCCUCUCUCACUUUACACAUCCCACUAGAACCUUGUGAGGAUGAGGGACUCUUCAAGUGUUCUCACACUUUCAAAAGAAAAAGUAAUACCAAAACACAAACAGAUGAUGUUGUGUUCCACUUCAACAGGACUCUUGUUUGUGGUAAAUCCAUGUCUGCACAGUCAGGUUCAAGUUCCCCGAAACACGUCCCUUCAGCUGUUGCUGCUUUCCUUGAAAAUGAAAAUGUCAGCUAUGCUGACCUGGCUGUCACGGAAAUGGCUGCCAUAGUUGGUCUAAUCAUCGCCCUAAUUGUCACCAUUAUAUGUUGUUUGCGUCUUUGGAAAAAAGCAAGCAAUGAAAAGGACGGAAAAGACAAAAAAUCAGACACCAACUUACCAACAAGAAAGAUAUCAUCAAAGAGCAGAGCAGGGAUGACCAGAUCAACAAGACAUUUAAGCUCGAGAAGUCACUUGUCGGCUCAUAGACAACCUUCCUAUUCCUCAACGGGUCCAACCUACAACUCUCCCAGGCCGCAUAGGUCGUCACACCAGUCCAUGACAAGGAUGGGAGGGCCACCUCCUCCAACACCUAUGGGAGGACCACCCCCUCCCCCUGGAGUACCUCCGCCAUCUAUGGGAGGACCACCCCAUCCCCCUGGAGUACCUCCGCCAUCUAUGGGAGGACCACCCCCUGGAGUACCUCCGCCAUCUAUUGGAGGACCACCUGUUCCCCCUGGUGGACCCCCACCUCCCCAGAUGAUGGGAGGACCCAGGGAGGUCCCUGCUGCUCCUAGGAAUGCCUUAUUUGCCAGUAUCAAUGCUCGGAGGGUGAGCUCGUCUAAUUUGUAAAAUUAUCAUUUGACAAUAUCCAAACUGUGUCCGAUUUAAACAAUUCAUAUAGAUUUUUAAUCAUAUUCAUAGUUAAAUUGUUUUAAGAUUCAAAAAGAUCAUAUACCCUAACUAUGAAAUAAGAUAUGGUGUUGUCUGCAGUGCUGCAAUACUUAUACAUUUCCUAAUUUUAGUCUUGGUACAAAGUAACAUAUGAUGAGCAGAGACCUGUCAUGACUGCUUGGUCGGGCAAGUUGAUUUCAAAUUUGUCUAUUCGUUGUGAUAUCACAGUUGUUUUGCUCAUCAAAACCUUGUUUGCGGAUUGAUGAAUUAGCAAAUUCAGUUUUUAAUGAUGGAGUCAAAAUACAAAAGGAAAAAGGAGCAAACAGUACGUUUAGUAAAAUUGAUGACUUACAAUUCAUAAACAGAUGCAAUAAAGUUAUUUGAUAUUCAAUAUAGGGAGUGUGUGUUUUACUUAUCACCCUAAACUAGGGGGAAACAGAAUUUCAUUGUAAAAAAUUGUGUCAAAGCAGCAUCAUGAAUCAAGAGCGAGGCAUAUAUUCCAUCUUUGCUUAUUGCAGAGUUAUCUUCUCUUGGGAGCAGGUAUUGAUUGUUGCGUCACUUGUUUGUGAGAGUAACGUCAUCAAUUUUUGAGAAAACGACGUUAUUUUCUCACACAAACCAAUGACGUAACAAUCAAUACCUGCUCCCAUGUGCAUGGUUUCAACAAUUACGAUCUCAAGUAGAAUUUCAAGGUGUUUUUUUUACUUUUUUUAUAAGUGCAAAAUGUCAUGCUUCUGAAACAUUUUUGUCACACCAAGUAUGAAAAUAUUACUCAGGAAAGUUGAAUUAUUCAUUAAAACAUAAUCUACUUCGCUGGCAGGAUUAAAGUAGUUCUUUUUUUUUUCUUUUCGAUUUUUAAAAAAGUUUGUUAUUAAGGAAUGCCUUCUUUUUCCUAUAUUUUUUUUCUAAUUGUUUAUACGUGUUGGAGAACCAAGUAAGGGCCAUAACUAUUGAAAAACCUUGACACAGUGCCCAUUUUACGAAAUACAAACUUUGUAUCA